CUGGAAGUGAUCCGCGAAGCGGCGGGCCGCGUGGAUCGUUUUCUCCCCGCGCGGCGGUCGCGGCCGCUGAGAUGACCAAAAUAAAAGCAGAUCCAGAUGGGCCGGAGGCUCAGGCGGAGGCGUGCGGCGGGGAGCGCACGUACCACGAGCUGCUGGUCAACCUGAACCCCAUCGCGCAGCCCCUGGCUUCUCGGCGCCUCACGCGGAAGCUGUACAAGUGCAUCAAGAAAGCCGUGAAGCAGAAGCAGAUCCGGCGCGGGGUGAAGGAGGUUCAGAAAUUUGUCAACAAAGGCGAGAAAGGGAUCAUGGUGUUGGCAGGAGACACGCUGCCAAUUGAGGUAUACUGUCACCUCCCAGUCAUGUGUGAGGACCGGAACUUGCCCUAUGUCUACAUCCCUUCCAAAACGGACCUGGGUGCAGCUGCGGGCUCCAAGCGCCCCACCUGCGUGAUCAUGGUCAAGCCCCACGAGGAGUACCAGGACGCUUACGAUGAGUGUCUGCAGGAGGUGCAGGCCUUGCCGCCACCCUUGUGAAGGACUCGGUGGCCCGGGCAGGCUGCAGGGCCUGCUGCCUGCACUCAGCGCCCCUCCCCGGCUCCGCAGAGACCUGCCAGGCAGCAUGAGCACUCUGCCUCCUGAGGGCAGAGCCAGCCUGGGCUGUUGGCCAUUUCCUGCUGAGCUUCAGCCAGGACAGUUCAGGGUGUGGGUGGGAAGUAAAUGCUGAGACUAAAACUGUGUCUGUGGGUGACUUUGGGUGGGGGUGCAGGCAGGAAAUUGCGGAAGCAGCCCUUCUCACCAAAGGGACGACUCCAGGUACUCGGUGCUCUGUGGGGGCCCGGGGCGGAGCUUCAGCUCCACCUGCGCCUCAACUCUGCAUGCCACCCAGGGUAGGUGGGGGCUUCCAGCUGCUGCAGGACACUUCCCACUCUCCGCUUCCCAGAGGAGCCUCAGAAGCCGUGAGGGCUGUGUGGAAGCAGUUUGCCCCUUUGUGGUGAACUGCACCUGGGAAUGUGAAUCUGCACAGCCCACGGGCCAUACCUAAAAGGAACCGGGAAUUGAACUCCGGCCCUUGCGCUUGCCAGGGAAGCGCUUAUUCCACUGAGCCGUCUCCUUGGCCCCACCCCGCUGGCUUCCAGUAGGGUUUUAUACCUGCACAUGGAAAAGCGCCCUGUGUGAGCCGUGCCAGCCCCAGGACAUCCCUGU